AUGUGCAGCUAUCUCCCAUCACUUCUCCCCAUCUCCCCAUCACAAAAACACUCAAAAUUCAACUUUUUCCACCAUUUAGACACUCAAACUAACCCAAACCUGUACAGGCCGCUGGGGAUCAUCAUAGUGCUAACCCACCUGGAGGUAUGGUCGAGAGAGGACAAAGUAAAGAUCGUCAACCAAAAUUCUACUCAAACUCUACAAAAUUUCCAAACUUACCUAGCUACAUUUAAGGCAGAUGCUCCAAACACACCUGUCGACAACCUGCAACUCCUGACAGGUGUGGACUUUGAGAAUAACACGGUUGGAAAGGCCACAGUUGCCGGGAUGUGUGGGCCAGCCUCAGUGGGCGUGUCAAUGGACUCUGCAACCAACUCCUUUCUGGACACCGCUGAAGUUAUGGCACACGAGAUGGGGCACAAUUUUGGCCUCAAUCACGUGGAUGAGGUGGAAGGCUGUGAGUGUGAGACCCACCAGUGCAUCAUGAGGUCCACAGGCAUUGGGAAGGACUGGAAUGAAUGCAGCAGAAAAAACAUUACCCGACUGUUGCCGACUGUGUCUCUCGAGUGUCUUGUAAACGAACCCUCAGUUUUACCUGUUUGGGAGAGCGGGGGAGGUAACUGUGGCAACUGGGUGAUGGAGGAAGGGGAGGAAUGUGACUGUGGCCCCAAGAGGUACUGUGAUAACCCCUGCUGUGACCCUGAGACCUGUAAACGUGUUGGAAACGCUUCAUGUGCCACGGGUCCCUGUUGCAAUGUGAAGACCUGCCAGCCCCUCUCCUCGCUGUCUGUCUGCCGCCCAGCCCUCUCAGAGUGUGACCUGCCAGAAUACUGCAAUGGAUUGGGUGAGGACUGCGUUGAAGACUCGUACGUCAGAGAUGGCACAGCUUGUGAAUGGGGACAGGGUUACUGCUACAAGGGGAAGUGUGGGAGCCCAGCCAGCAGAUGUAAGCAGGUGUGGGGUGAGGAAGCGACAGUCUGUCCUGCUGAAAGGGUGAAAAAAAUGAAUCGCUUGGGUCACCUGAGUGCAAAUUGUGGUUUUAUCAAUAAGCCGGAGGAGAAAGUGCGGGCCUGCGAUGAAAGAGAUGCCGAGUGUGGGAGUCUUCAUUGCCGGACCCCCGAGAAGGCCUCUCUUGGCCCGUACUUUUACCGGACUAAGUGGCAAAGUUCGGAAGACUGUCGAUCUGUCCACGCCAACAAAAGUUACCCGGAAAGUGCGUGGCUGGUGCCUGAUGGGACCCCCUGUGGUGAUGGGGAGAUGUGUGUGGCCCAGCGAUGUGUGUCCAGACCAUGGCCUCUUUCCGCUAUCAUCUUCUUACUUGUGGUUAUCGCCUUUCUUAUCCUUGUCUUCCUCCUCUGGGACCACAUCCGCUACUGCUGGGAGAGGCGGGGGGGGCGCCACACCUGCAUCACACACUGCUACUACUGCGGCACCUGUCUGGACCACACCUGCUGCCCCUGCAUGAACAAAAUUAAUCGUUUAUUCCUGUCUGUCAUCCCUGUUGUCAAGUGUCCGAGUCUAAAAUUGGCCCCAAAACGGACGAACGGGCAGGCUAAUGGGGCUGUGGUGGGGGCUGCGGGUGCGGUGGAUGCUGUGGAGGGGGUGGAGGGGGUAGAGGGCCAGCGGACACCCCACAAUCCACCAGGAAUCGAAGCGGACGCGGAUUUUGAUGUCAGUGUUGGGAGACUGGAGUUUCUGGGAUCUGAGGUGAAAGGGGUGAGCUUUACCCCAGUUUCACCCCCUUCCCACGCACCGGGGAGCGCGCCGGGCACCCCACUGGUAGCCACACCCCUCCUGCACCCCUCCAUCCAGUCUGCACCCCCGCAUCACGCCCCGUUUGGCCCACAGGGAGAUUUAAACAAGGGUAACUUUGGCAUUUCAACGCAAAAUUUUGACAAUCCUUUAUCUUAUCUCCCCCACCCCCCUCCCUCCGCCUCCCCCCAGAAUCACCCCCGCUAGAUCCGCCCCCCUCCCCCCAAGCCUCCCCCCGCACAGACACCCAGGCCUACCCCCCAAGUGCCCCCUAGGCCUAUAACCACACAGCCUCUCAGACCCCCUCUCCCUCCUAGCCCCACACCCCCCUUCAGGCCCCCCUCUCCCCUCCUUAUGUCCCCCCCUCCCCUAGUGUGUGUGUGUGUGUGUGUGUGUGUGUUUGUUUGUUUGUUUGUUUGUAUUAUGGCCAGUUAUGUACUCUCUCUCUCUCUCUCUCUCUCUCUCUCUCUCUCUCUCUCUCUCUCUCUCUCUCUCUCUCUCUCUCUCUCU